CUAUAAAUAUUACUACAUCCUAUGAUAAUUGUAUAAUGGCAAUAAAUAAUUCAAAUUUUGAUCCAUUAGAUGAUUCAGUCGUGUAUAAAACAUCGCGUGGAUGUUCACCCAACAUUCGAUUUUACGUAUUGUGA